AUGACUACACAACCUGAAACACCAAUUAAUGAUUUAUCUUCGAUUGUUUCUCCACUUUAUGAAAGUAAUGAAGAAAUCCAAAAUCAUAAUAAGAGAAAAGUCGGUCGUCCGCGAAAAUAUACGAAUGAAGAUGAUGAAUUUAUUCCUAACAAUAAAAUUAGUUCGAUUGAAGUCGAAAAUGGAAAUAUUGAUUUAGGAAUUACAAAAAUCAAUGGAAAAUUUAAAGUUGUAUUCAAUAAAUAA